UCUAUUCGCAUUUGCCUCAAUCAUCAAUUACAAAUUACAUUUUCUCUCAUAUAGUUUUGUUUGUUUGUGCAUCACAAUUUCAACAGGCCAUUAAACAGUUCAUGAAACUUCAGUGCAAAUGCCAUGGUGUGUCAGGGUCAUGUAACGUUAAAACCUGCUGGCGUUCACUACCGAAUUUCAGACUGGUAGGAGAUCACAUCAAGGAAAAAUUCGACGGAGCUACCGAAGUGGAGGUCAAACUUAUUGGAUCAAGAAUGGUUCUAGUUCCCAAAAAUCCUAAGUACAAGCCACACACCAUUGCGGACUUGGUGUACAUUGAUGGGUCGCCGGAUUUUUGUGCGGCAAAUCCCAAUACUGGCUCCCUGGGGACCCAGGGAAGGUUUUGUAAUCGCACUUCUCAAGCUAUAGAUGGAUGUGAAUUAAUGUGCUGCAAUCGAGGGUACACCACCAAAGUGGAACCCAGAUCUGAGCGUUGUGACUGCAAGUUCUACUGGUGCUGUUACGUCAAGUGUAGCCAGUGCCCGAGGCGGGUUGAGGUUAGCAUCUGCAAGUAAGAUGCCGUCUUACAUUCAGCCCCGACAUUCAGUAAAACUAUUUCUGCCUUCAAGAGAGACGAACGUGUUGUAAUAUACAUGUAUGUAGUAGCAGUCAGUUUUCUGACCUUAACAAUACUCUGACUUGUAGUUACACUUCCUUCAAUGUUAUUCAAGGGAACAAAUGUUUCUUCUUCGUCAAUCCACCUAGCUGUCGACUCCAUGCUCGAGUUGACUUAUUCAGACUACAUAACUCCUCGAGGGAGGUGCAAAACCUAGUGGCACACGUACCUCCUGCCUAAAUUGAAUUUGUAUCAGCGUCAGUAGUGAUCUCGAAUCCUAACUAGUAGCAACACACACUGCCGCUCUGCUGAUUAACACACUUGGUACGAGCUCUCUUUUUGAAGGUGAGGGUAACGUUUGAGACUGAGUAUUGAAAGGAAAUGGGGGGCGCUUUUAGAAAGGCCCCAAUUGUAGUGGAAAAAAGUUCAUCUAAAUUAUUCCGGUAACAUUCAGUACUAAUCAGUUAAAGUAUUAUUGUCGAGGAAGAAAAAGUAAGCCCAAGAAAAACGGUUUUGUUUUGCUGGCCGGAUCAACUUUAAUAACGUGUGUUGUUUAAAGGGGGUUGUUAAAGAAAUAUCACAACGCAUGCAUUGGCCACGGGAAGAAAUCUUGGGCAAGUCUCAUGCCGCAGUUGCUUAUUGUCCCCAGUGACGAUACAAAAGCCCCUGCGAGAUGAUACUCGCCCCAGAUUUCUUUUUGUUUUUAAAGUGGCGAAUUUGGUGAGUUAUGUGAGCGCGCGAAACGUUUUUAAAACAAGAUAUGAGUGUAAGGAGAACAUAGCAAGUGUUCUCAAACAUCACGACAAAUGCUUACUUGGCUCAAAGUUAUAAGAUCAUAAAGUACCAGAUCAUAGUGAAUUAAAAGCACAUAAAUAUAGUCCAUAUUUAUUAAGCCAAGUUGCCGCGCUUACUCAAACGUAAGUUUAGAUGCUCUCAGUUUAUAUAACCGUCUAGUGUUACAGUUAUAUGGUUGCCACAGAAGUAACAUACUCUUGGUCGUUGCAAAGGUUUAUCUUGGCUGAACACUUGGUACAGUACUCAAUUAUGUGACAAGGUAUAUACUACUUAAUGAGUUUAAUAAGUUUGUAAGCGAAAUGUAUUUGUUGCUUAUGCAGAUGUGUCUGUGAACUACAGAAAAGCAACUGUGUUUACUUUUAACACUGAGCCAGAACUGUGGGCUGAUAUUGUAAAUAUUAUUGUAGAAAAUUUCACGGCAGUUUACGUCAAUACAACGUGAAUUCUUACAAAA